CUGUUGCCCACAUGAAAACGCAUACGUGUCAUGAACAAGCCUUUUACUGUUUCACAGACCUAAAAAUGCGCGCUCUUUGAUUUGUGUUGUUUACCAGCCUUCUAAAUUCACAUCACGGCUUUGAAAUCCCCAGGCCUAAAGCUAGGGAAUUCAAAAAUUUCACCGACUUCACAUCGCAGCUUUCUUGCUGGUGUUUUUGUCAACCACCUUGAGACUAUAACUGUAUUUUCUGCAUUUUUGAGUCUGCAGCCAGGCUCAGUGAAAGGCAGAGAAACACAACUAGUCCCUGCCUGCGUAUUUCACUAGGUUGGUACCUUGAAGCCCCCUUACAGUGGUUAGCUGCCGCGUUAAUGCUGGUGAAUGUUUAAGUACACUGCUGUUAUCGUUCUGGUUAGGCUGAGCAUUACAUGGGAACGGAGCAGUAGCUUUUGAAUUUUCAAGUAACUAAAAGUUACUUGGGCCACUGGAAAAACUCAGUUUUGUUCUUUGGUCAUUUUACCAUGUGAAAACUGUACAAUUCCUGUCACUGGAUCUCUGUGACUCUUUUUAAUUAAGCUGUUAAAAAUGUAGUGUUAGGAGGUUAAGUUUCCUUAACGCUUUGGGUGCGUAAACAACAGAACUUGAAAGUGCCACUGUGCAGCUUAAUGAUAUAUUAUGGGCCUGUGUCUUAAAUCCUGACACAAUUCAGAGGUGUGUGCAGGUGAUUGGGGGUGUUUUAUGGUACUUGCAUAUGAAGGAACAACAUGCUGGGCUUCAGAACUCUUUUUUCUAGAAAGCAAUGCGACCAAGAGUUGACUUUGCAAGAAGGAUGAAAGUAUUUAGUGGAGGAAGAUUUAAAAGCACUCUGAAGAUUGUUCAAUAGCCCUUAUGAAAUAAGCUGAUGGGUUUGAGUUGAUCUUGCGAACAGUUGCCUGUAUAACUGUCCUGGUGUGAGCGGAAUCACUGUCCCCAGUGCAACCACAGAUGUUCCCAAAUGAAAAUGGGUGAAAAUUAGCAAAUUAACAACUUGUACAGGAAAUUACAUUGCCUCAGAUAAAUCCAUGGUUUUGAAACAUCAUCCAGACAAGCGAAAAGCUGCAGGGGAGCAGAUAGGAGAAGGUGAUAAUGAUUAUUUUACGUGCAUAACUAAAGCUUAUGAAAUACUAUCCGAUCCUGUGAAACGACGAGCAUUUAACAGCAUAGAUCCUACUUUUGAUAACUCUGUACCUUCCAAAAGUGAAGCAAAAGAAAACUUCUUUGAAGUUUUUUCACCAGUUUUUGAAAGAAACGCCAGGUGGUCAAAUAAGAAAAAUGUUCCUAAACUUGGGGACAUGAACUCAUCGUUUGAAGAGGUAGAUGCAUUCUAUUCAUUUUGGUAUAAUUUUGAUUCCUGGAGAGAGUUUUCCUAUUUAGAUGAAGAGGAAAAAGAAAAAGCAGAAUGUCGAGACGAAAGGAGGUGGAUUGAAAAACAGAACAGAGCUGCCAGAGCAUUGAGAAAAAAAGAAGAAAUGAACAGAAUUAGGACACUAGUUGACAAUGCAUACAGCUGCGAUCCCAGGAUAAAGAAAUUUAAGGAGGAAGAAAAGGCAAAGAAAGAAGCAGAGAAGAAAGCAAAGGUAGAAGCAAAACGAAAAGAACAAGAGGCAAAAGAAAAACAAAGACAAGCAGAAUUAGAAGCAGCACGGUUAGCAAAAGAAAAGGAGGAAGAAGAAGUUAGGCAACAAGCAUUAGUGGCAAAAAAGGAAAAAGAGAUACAGAAAAAAGCAAUCAAGAAAGAAAGGCAAAAACUGAGAACAACAUGCAAGAACUGGAAUUACUUUUCUGAUAAUGAGGCAGAUUGUGUUAAAAUGAUGGAGGAGGUGGAAAAGCUUUGUGAUCGUCUUGAGCUAGCAAGUCUGCAAUGCUUGAAUGAAGCACUUACAUCCACAACAAGGGAAGGAGGAAAGGCGGCUGUAGUAAAACAGAUAGAAGAAAUAAAUGAACAAAUAAGGCGAGAGAAAGAAGAGGCAGAAGCUCGUAUGCGCCAAGCAACAAAGAGUUCAGAAAAGUCAACCACUGGUGGUGGAGGGGGAAGCAAAAAUUGGCCAGAAGAUGAUUUGCAGUUGUUAAUUAAAGCUGUGAACCUCUUCCCAGCAGGGACUAACUCAAGGUGGGAAGUUAUUGCCAAUUACAUGAACUUGCACUCUACUACUGGAAUAAAACGAACUGCAAAAGAUGUCAUCAAUAAAGCAAAGAGCCUCCAAAAGCUUGACCCUCAUCAAAAAGAUGAUAUAAACAAGAAAGCGUUUGACAAAUUUAAAAAAGAACACGGUGUGGUGCCUCAGAUGGACAGUGCUGCCCCCUCGGAACGAUUUGAAGGUUCACCUUUAGAUUCAUCCCCUUGGACUACAGAAGAACAAAAGCUUUUAGAACAAGCAUUGAAGACUUAUCCAGUAAAUACUCCUGAAAGAUGGGAGAAAAUAGCAGCAGCUGUUCCAGGCCGGUCAAAAAAAGACUGCAUGAAGCGAUAUAAGGAACUCGUUGAAAUGGUCAAGGCGAAGAAAGCUGCUCAAGAACAAGUGAUGAAUGCUACUAAAGUCAAGAAAUGACUCUUACUGACAAUCUUUUGUUUUAUAAUAAAAAUGCAAAUACUGUA